ACUUUACUUAAGGGUUCAGGGUCCUUCUAUCAUAACCAAAACACGUUUCAAGUAUGGAGGAAAAGUUAUCAUACCUAUCGACUGUGUAAGAUCCUAAAAUCACUGCGGUCAGAAGAAGGGCAUUGGCUGAACAAAGGACACAAUGGGGCGAUCCUCCAGGGAUAAACGAGAUAUAUACUACAGACAGGCGAAAGAGGAAGGCUGGCGAGCAAGAAGUGCAUUCAAACUGUUGCAGCUGGACGAGGAGUACAAUCUCUUUGAAGGGGUGACUCGUGCAGUGGAUUUGUGUGCUGCUCCAGGCAGCUGGAGUCAGGUGCUGAGUCGAAAGCUCCGGGCUAAAGAGGGGAAAAAAGAGGAUGUGAAGAUUGUUGCAGUGGACCUCCAGGCCAUGGCCCCUCUACCUGGAGUCACACAGAUUCAAGGAGACAUCACUAAGUUGUCUACAGCUGAGGAGAUAAUCAAGCAUUUUGAGGGUCAGUCUGCAGAUCUGGUUGUGUGUGAUGGCGCACCGGAUGUAACAGGACUCCAUGAUGUGGAUGAGUACAUCCAGGCUCAGCUUCUGCUUGCAGCUCUCAACAUCACAACACACGUUCUCAAGACGGGUGGAACGUUUGUUGCAAAGAUCUUCCGGGGGAAGGACGUGACCCUGCUGUAUUCCCAGCUGAGGAUCUUCUUCAGUCGGGUCACCUGUGCCAAGCCACGCAGCAGCCGCAACUCCAGCAUAGAGGCGUUUGUGGUAUGCCGAAACUACUCCCCACCGGAAGGCUACGUGCCCAACAUGUCCAACCCUCUGUUGGAUCAUUCCUAUGAUGUAGACUUUAACCAGCUGGAGGGCCCCAACCGGAUCAUCGUUCCUUUCCUCGCCUGCGGUGACCUGAGUGCUUUUGAUUCAGACCGCACCUACCCUCUGCAGCUGGAUUCCGGUAAAGAGUACACCUACACGCCUCCCACCCAGCCCCCCAUCCACCCCCCGUAUGAGCAGGCCUGUUUCAUGCGCAAGAACAACCUGCUGGCCAAAGAGGAUGCCCCCGCUGCAUCAUUAGACCGCUCUCUCUCUGCCAUGCAGCUGUCAGCCUCUGAGGACCAAGAGCCGCCAACAUCAGAUGAUCAAGGAGGAUGUCCUGGCACCAGCGUCACCGAGCCCACAACUCCCACUGACAAGUGAUGUGAUCUAAAACUGACUCAUCACGACUUUACGAUUUCACAAUGUCACAACAACUACAGAGACACUGUCACUCAUCCAAGUUAGCGUGUCUAAGUGAAUGUUCUAUAGAAUUUUAAGGUAUUGUUUUUAAUUUGUUAAAUAAUAAAAUGUCGUUCAGCUAUUUUAACUGGCUGUCAAUAUAUAUUACAUUAAACCAACAAUUUGCUACCUAUUUUUUUUUAUAGGCAACUAGUUUUGGUAUCAUUGCAAAUUCAUUGUGGUAUAUGGUCAUGUGCAGAUGAAACAUAUGAACACCCCUGUCAUUCCAGGCUAUGCACUAGGUAGUUCUGUGGUGCAGGAUGGCACACCUCGCGAACAUGUAAGAACCUUUCACAGCCUGGCAUUGGCAAUUAUAUUGCCAACAUACAUCAGUUGGCAAACUAACAAGCUUCUAUGAAUGUCAACUCUGCUGUGGUUGAUCUUUGUAAGGUUUUGUAUGACUUUCAGGUAGUUGGCUCACUACUUUUAGACCGAAACUCUGUACUGCGCCUUGAACUAAGUUGGUCUUUAAUGGGGUUGUCUCGCUGUACACCAGAACUGAAGAUGGAGAUAUGCAUCACCGAUCCAUCUCUUUCUAGAGAUGGGGUAUGUGAUGGAUCAAAAAGUGGAAUUCUUAUUAAACAGUUUUCUAUGAGAAAAUG